GAUGGAUCCAGUAAUGGGAACCCACCAGAGAGAUGUCCCCAUCCUCUGUAUUCCCGGGACUCCACACAGGAACAUCAGGAGAUCCCUCAGGAGGAUGAGGAAGAAAACUGUAUUCUGUCUAUAACAGAAAGUAGAAAGGAAGCAGAAGAGACACAUGUAAGGGGUGAUGGGCCACAUAAGGAGAAGGGAGAUCCUCCAGAGAUCAGCCCAGACCCCGGAGACACCAGAGACACUCAGAGAUACAUUGGAUCUGAGGAUGAAGAAAACGACAUAAUGAUUAAAGAGGAGAAAACUUAUCCAGAGAUCAGCCCAGACACCAGAGAGACUCGAUAUGUCGUAUCUGAAGACAAAAUAAACCAUAUGAGGAUAAAAGUGGAGGAAACGUCUCCAGAGAUCAGCCCAGGGGAACCAUAUAGAGGGAAUAGCACAGAGGACCAUCCUAUUAUUUAUCCAGAUUGUGAAAUAGAAGAUGAGGAGGACAUUAUAUCUGAUUCCACAAAAGAAAACCCCAGGAUCCCUAAUCUCCAUCCAGCACAUUACAGUGCAGAUCUGUCAUCUGGUCCCUUUUCACACGGGGGAUGGCUUUCUGAUGAUUUUCAACCCGUUGCAAUUCGUGAAGAUCCUGGAUGUCCUAAGGGCAUACCAUGUCCUGACUGUGGAAAAUGUUUUAGCGAAAGAUCAAAACUUGCGACACACCAGAGGUCUCACACGGGAGAGAAGCCUUUUUCCUGUAUGGUGUGCGGAAAGUCCUUUAAGCAGAGCGCCCAUCUUGUUUCGCAUCAACGAACUCACACAAGAGUGCAUCCUUUUUCAUGCUCUGAGUGUGGGAAAUGUUUCUCCCAAAAAUCAAACCUUAUUAGACACGAAAAGGUCCACACGGGGGAGAAGUCCUUUUCAUGUUCGGUAUGUGGGAAGCGCUUCUCGGAGAAGUCGAACCUUAUCAGGCAUGAGAAGAUUCACACGGGGGAGAAGCCUUAUUCAUGCUCAGAGUGCGGGAGAUGUUUCUCUCUAAGAGCCAAUCUUAUUGCGCAUGUAAGGACUCACACAGGGGAAAAGCCGUUUGCAUGUUUUGAAUGUGGAAAAUGUUUUUCCAGGAAGUCGGUUCUUAAUAUUCACGAAAAGGUUCACAAGGGGAGUAGCCGUCUUCACGCGCGGUUUGCAGGAAAUGUUUUUCAAAAAGAUUUCUUCUUGCCAGGAAUGCAAGGCUUCACACUGGACAGAAGUAAUUUUCCCACACUGUGA